CCUUUAUCCCCAGUUAUUAACCUUCACAACUCAACCGUGACCGGCAAUAGUGAAGCAAUAAAUAAAAUUCGUCAAUUACGCACCAAAAGCACGUCUUGUCCCAGUUUCGCGGGGGCGUGCCCCUCCCACCUGCCACAUGCACCUCACCCCAAAGAAACCCAUCAAACCCCCAUAAAGCACCCAACAGGCAUGGUUCCUCCCAAAAUCAGGUGCUUUCCAAAUUGACCAAAACACAAAUGUCCUUGAAGAUGGUAAAAUUGGUGGGCACGUGACCGCAAGCGGGCGCCGCCAUUGGCCCGUUAUGAGCGUGCCCUGCGCGAAACCACCGCGCAUCUUAGUGAUUACAAAAUGCCGUCAGAGUCUAAACCUUUGUUGACAGCUCAGACGGAAAAGCCAAAUCAUUACUCGUAUUUGAAGGAGUUCCGAGUCGAGCAAUGCCCGCUCUUCUUGCAACACAAAUGCACGCAGCAUCGUCCAUUCACCUGUUUUCACUGGCAUUUCAUGAACCAGCGGCGUAGACGGCCCGUGCGGCGCCGGGACGGCACCUUCAACUACUCCGCUGACAACUACUGCACUAAAUACGACGAAACAACGGGCAUUUGCCCCGAUGGCGACGAGUGCCCCUUUCUGCACCGGACGGCCGGGGACACCGAACGCCGCUACCAUUUGCGCUACUACAAGACGUGCAUGUGCGUGCACGACACCGACUCCCGGGGCUAUUGCGUAAAAAAUGGGCUGCAUUGCGCGUUCGCGCACGGGAGCCACGACCACAGGCCCCCAGUUUACGAUAUUAAGGAGAUCCAGGCGCUGGAGGCGGCCGAGGCCGAGGGCAGCGGCUCGGCCAAUGGCCCCAAUGCGCUGGACAAGGAGCGGAACUUGAUGAAUGAGGAUCCCAAGUGGCAAGAUACAAAUUACGUACUAUCAAAUUACAAAACGGAACCUUGUAAAAGGCCCCCACGUUUAUGUAGACAAGGAUACGCCUGUCCCCAAUAUCACAAUAGCAAAGACAAGCGAAGAAGUCCUCGGAAAUUUAAAUAUCGAUCAACACCAUGCCCUAAUGUAAAACAUGGAGAGGAAUGGGGCGAGCCUGGAAAUUGUGACUCUGGCGAUUUAUGUUCCUACUGUCACACACGAACCGAACAACAGUUUCAUCCAGAAAUUUACAAAAGCACCAAAUGUAAUGAUGUACAACAGUCGGGGUAUUGCCCACGGGGGGUGUUUUGCGCAUUUGCUCACGUUGAACAGGAAAUGGGGGUUUCGAGGGACACGGGGGAAAGUGGUACAAAUUUUGCCGAGAUAUUAUCAAAUGCUCUUCCGCCUAGUUUAGAUAAGAAAGAAAAAAGCAGCGAUAGCUCCAAUGGUAGCAGCGAAGUUAGCGAGUCAGCAUCGACGUCAUCAUUAGGUUCAAAUAGUUCGCAUAGUAAAGCUCCCGGUUCACAAUUAGCCCACAAGUCGCUACCUUUUAACCGGUCUCUGCCACUUGGCGUAGAAUUAAACAACAAAUUACUAGCAAUUGAGAAAGAUCCAAGUUUGGACGUUUUAGAACGUGAAAAAAUGAAGCAAUCGCUACGGUUUCCCUUCGGUGGCGGUUUCUUCGGCUCGACUAACGACACAGUAGUCGGUAACGCAUUGGACGAGCUAACUCUCGACGAUUCGCUGAAUCUAUCAGGCCUUGAGCGUGAUUUAGAAUCCGAAUCGCCAACAGUCACAAAUUCAAUAUCGGUCGGUUUAGCAUCGUCUGGCCUUUUGGGCAGUUCCGCCCCUGUAAACAUUCCAGGAUCGGCUCGUUCCGGCUUGGGCGGCUUCAGCCCAACCAGCAAUAGCCCCUUACAAAUCCACGGUGGUUUUUUAUCAACUCGUUUCUCCCAAUCCGACAUGGACUUUUUAAAUCAUUCGCAAAUUCAGCUCAGUAGUAGUGCAUCAAAAAUCAACUCCUAUCAGAACUUCUUCGACUUUCCGCAAAGUAUUUCGCCAACGUCACGCAACCACAACAACUUCAGUAUGUCGCCGAGUGUCAACAGCAACAUGGAGGUGGCUUUGUUACGCGAGGAAUUACAUUCGGCUAAAAUGCAGCUAAGCAGCUGGGAGGAACGCCUACAACAGGCCCGGACUGCGUGCGAUUUGUGGAAGCAAGCGUCCGAAGAAGCGAAUCGUAAGAGUCACCUGACCGAGACGAAAUUGAACGAAACUGUAACGCAACUCAACGAGACUGUGGCACAGUUGAGUAGUUUGAAGCAGGAGUUUGAGAAAUUGCAAGGGGGGCCUCAUAUCCGAAGCAUAACGAACGUGGCCGAGUUGAGUAAGUUGUCGUUAAGUGUGUUGAAAAAUCUGCACGCGCAAUUGAAACAAGACUUGGAGGAGAUUGAGAAGGUUUUAUAUCGCGAGACUGCCUCGAAAUGUAUGGUUUGUGAGGAGCGCAAUCGGACUGUAACGUUAAAUUGCAAUCAUUUCGUUCUGUGUAGUAGUUGUGCCCUAACGCAGAGUGAAUGUCCCUACUGUCAGACACCGUUCAAUUUGAGUAAUAACAUGUGAAAGAGAGAUGAUUAGGUAUUUAACAAAUUUCUAAUGUCAUGGACAACUUACAUCAUGGCGGGGCGCUAACUACGGAGAUCGAAAGGUUAGGAUGCGAAGCGACGAAGAAAUAAAACGGUACCGAGUGAGCUAGUUGCGUUAUUGUCGCCAGAGGGCGUCUAAGUGAGUUUGGAUAACGCUUAACACAGCAAAGAAAAAAAUACAGACAGAUAAAGCAUUAAGUAUUCAAUAGUAAGAAGUUUUAUCGGAAAAUAUAAAAAGCAGGCCUAAAAAUGACAUUAACUAGGUCGAAAAUCUUGGGAUUUUUGUCUUUUUCCAGUGUUUUAAUAAGUUUUUAAGCGGUAAAGUUAGUUUUUGUUAAGAUUUCACUUAAACACGGCUCAAAAUUAGCUCAUAAACGACUUUGUUUAUAUAAUUUUUAAACGAUUUUUUAAGUUUUGGGCUACAAUAUGUGUUUUUUCGUAAAGUCAGAGCCAAAUCGUUAAACGAUUAGCUCAAAAAUGAAUUAUUAUUAUUACUGUUUAGACAAAUUAAGCAUAUAUUUAAGCAAUGUUUGCUAAAAAGUAACAGAAAAAUUCGAAAUUUUAGUAAUUUUUGUCUUAUCCCAGCAUUUGUGACAAAUUUUUCAACAGAAAUUUUAUCAAUUUGUCAAUGGGAAUAUUAAAAAAAAAACUUCCGAAAAAACAAAAUUAAUUAUUUUUGACCAAAGCUUUGCUUUGCCAAAAUCUUGCGAAAACCGGCGUUUAUGAAGUCAUAAAGUUAGUUCUUGUCAAGAUUUCCUUAAAACACAAUUAAAUAUUCAUAAAAUUACGUGGAAAACGACUUUAUUUUAAGCGUUUUUCGAAUUGUUAUACAAUUAGGUUGAAAGUAAUUUUUUACUUUAUUUUUUUUUAACAAAUAAAGCAUGUUUAAAGGCGAAAUUUUGUUAAAAAUCAACAAAAAAAAAAUCAAAAAUUGCGUUACUUGUGCCUUAUCCGAGCAUUUUUGGCACAAAUUUUAAUCACAAGGGUCAAAUUUAGUCAAAAAUAAACCGAAAAAUUAUUGAAUUAGCCAAUAAAAAAAUGUUGGCUAUUUAUAUUUUUAAGUAAGCUUGAAGAUACAAAAAAAAGUGUAAGGAGCAUAUUUCUAUCUUCAAAUUAACUUUAAGAUAGGAGUAUGGUCUAGCGGACUUUUUUGUAGGAAAUUUAAUUCCCUACAACUUUCUUCCCAACAUUUUUCUUGUAUCUUUAACCGUAUUCGUUGCGUUUUGAAAAAUAUGGGGCAAAGUGCAAAUUGGUAAAAAAAUUUUAAUACAGUUUACGAUAAAAUGUUUAUGAGAAUUUAAUUCUCUAUCUGUCUGUAUUUUUUGUUUACUUUGCGCUUUCUGGCGACGGGGACGUUUUAUUUGUCCGUCGUUUCGCAUCCUAGCCUUUUGAUAUCCGCAGUUAGUGGAGCGCAGCGCCAUUUGGUGUAAGUUGGCCUUGCCAAUGUAAGAUGAUUAUGAUUUGUUUUAUUAGGCGCGAAUUUGCAAAAUCGUCGAAUCUGAUUCGUGAUUUUGCACAAUCGCUAACUAUUCAAUUGAAUUGUCCGUGUUUAAACUGGUCUGAAUACUGCUGUGGAAACAAUAAAUUGUAACAUAUUGAAAUUUUGGCAUGGUUUCGUUCAUCGUGCAUUUAUUAAUUGGGCUGUGCGCACUGCAUUUCUCUCAGAUUUCUUUGACGGUUUCAAUACGGACUCUUGUUACGUUUUAGUUAGGUAGGACUUUCAAAUUGAAUUUUAUUACGUUUUUAAAAAGCUGCACUGUUUAGAACAUAUCAAGAUUUAUUUAUUUAAAAGGAAAAGAUUGUAUUUUUAUAUAUGCGGAAAUAUUGUGAUUAUUUAUGCGUUUCUUUGUAAUAGGCUCGUGCAGCGAAACAAUUCUUUCUUUGAUUUUUCUUUUUAUAAAUGACUGAUGCAAUCGUAUUUAUUUGUAACGUAGAUUCCCCUUUACAACUCACAGGUAUGACCAAUGUAUUUUUCGCAACUAAAGCCGUUUGUAAUAAUAACCAUAAGAAACGUUUUAUUUUUCCCAGUGUUGUUGGUACGUGCCACUAAAACCUGACCUGUAUAAAUUUUGCAAUUAUUGCAAACAGCUUUAAUGACUUAUUUACAUAAAAUGUUUGUCAUGGAAUUCUAUUUACAAAAGAACAUAUACUUAUACUUAGGUAGGUAGUUUUAAUAAAUAAAUUAUAAAAUACAAAGUAGUGGGCCUAUAGUUAUUACAACUACACACGUAGCAGUUAGAUAUUCGUAGGCCAAAAAAACUGAUUUUGUACACACAAGAGAACUAAUUUUUUAUCGAGCGACUCAGUAUGCAAUAAGCGACCAAAGCGAGUUUUUUUGGCUUACCUCUCCAGUUAGAGUAAAACAUGAGAAAACAUUGUCUUAACGAUAUCUAUUUGUCCAUUGCAUAAAGCACGGCUUUGUUGAUCAAUGCCGCCCAUUCAUCAAGCAAGCCGUGGCGUAAAAUUUAGGCAUUCGUUGUAUUUUUACUAGUUGUUUAAAUUUCAUUUAUAAUUCACUGUAAUGAUUGUGUAUUUUUAAAAAAUAUUAAAUUAGAAUUUCAAAUUUA